AUCCCAUCAUAAACUCCUACACAUUUCUAAUAAACACCCUUACACCCACAUUACAAAGUGAUGGCUUCAAAGACCAAUACCCCACUAGCUCUCUUUCUUGCACUAAACCUUUUGUUUUUUGCACUAGCCAGUAGCACUACCACGAAACCAAAGCCACCAUCCGCUGGAACUUGUCCCAGGGAUGCCCUUAAAUUAGGUGUAUGUGCCAAUGUGCUUGGCAAAUUACUUAAUCUGGUCGUCGGAGACCCACCAGUUAAGCCAUGCUGCAGCCUUCUCGAAGGCCUCGUUGACCUCGAGGCUGCAGUUUGCCUUUGUACUGCUAUCAAGGCUAACGUUCUUGGAAUCAAUCUAAACGUGCCACUGUCUCUCAAUUUGCUUCUUAACGUUUGCAGCAAGAAAGUUCCAAAGGACUUCAUAUGUGCUUAAAUGAUCAACCGACAAUGUAAUCUGGAUUGUGUGUUUAUUUUGGAUUGUGAGUUUUUAGCGUUUGAUCUCUAAAUUUCUGUGUAAUGUUUCCAAGAAUUAUUCAUGUGUGUAAUGAUGGUUUGAAGAAUUAUUUUGUGGGAAUAAAACUUCAUAUUUGAUGUUUUCGUUAA